UCGAACCAGAAUCAAUCUGAACCGUCGAGAAUACCAUCCAACGGUCACGAACAAUCUCCUCUAAAGAAAGAUCUUUUUUUUUUUUUUGGAUGUUGUUUUCGGAUCAUAAACCCUAGCCACCUCGGUUCCCUCUCUUCUUUCCAAAACGAAAAGUUCGUGAAACCAUCUUCACCGCCGAUCCUUCAUCUUCUUCUUCUUCUUCUUCUUCUUCUUCACCAUGUCUACUCUUCUCUAAAAAUAAAAAAGCAAAAACCCCAUGAACAGAUCUCGAUCCUCUCAAUCGAUUUUUCUUACUUUUUCUUCUUCCAUCUCCAGAGAUCUCUGCGAUUUUCUUUCUUCUUUUUCUCCCUUUCUGGGUUUCACUAAUUUUGAUCGAAUCUGUUAAAAUCUGACGACUCUUUUCCCUUUCGAUUUCCCCUAUUAAAAAAAAAAAAGAAGAGGUUUUUUAAAACAAAAUCUUGUUAGAAUCGGAUUGGUUUAUCUGAAAGAUCCGUGUUUUGUUAGAAUUUUAGCGAGUAUACAUCGAAGGAGGGGUUUGAAUCAAGCCAAUUUCUUAACUAAGUCAAGCCAGUUUGUGGCGUCUUCAGUCUUGAGUAAGAAAGGGAAUCGUAUGAGCAAGGCAUAGAUGCCGUCGGUGGGAAUGAGACGAACCACUAGGGUUUUCGGGGUGGUUAAAGCCCCAGACGGAGCCCGGGUCCUUCGUUCGGGUCGUCGGAUCUGGCCUAACGUCGGCGAACCCAAGGUACGGAGAGCUCACGAUGUUGUGGAUCGGGAUUGGAACAGCGUUUUGAAGACUCAGAACAAAACCAAAGGGAACAACAACAAAGUCUCCGGUAAGAGUAACAGCCAGCCUUGUAGCCCGAGACAUGUUUCUUGUGAUAAAGACGACAAAAAAGUAGAUGACUUUCCGGUCAGGAAACGGAGGAAAGUGGGAAAUGAGUGUGUCGGAGAUGUAAAGACUGUGGAUAAGAUGUUUGGGAUUGUAUAUAGUAGGAAAAGGAAGAGACUUUCUGAACCAUCAAGUGAUAGAUCAGAAGAGCCACUACGAAGCCUGAAGUUUUAUUGCAGGCGAAGGAGAUUUCCCAGUCGGGUUUCUUCAGUUCGUCCUGUGCUUACUCUUACAGUAGAUUGGUCAUGUGAGGAUUGCUGGUUUCUAACUGUUUUCGGUUUGGCAAUGAGAUACACGAGGAGGGAACAACUGAGCCUGUCUUCGCUUACUUCUUUCUUCUUGUAUCAACCUAUCAACCAAGUGUUUGCAGACCAUGGCGUUCGAUUCCCUGUGGAGCCUCCCCUUAGCUCAAAGGGUGUCUGCAAGUUUUUUGGGGACAUGAAUUGUCUACCUCUCUUUUCAGCAGAUUUUGCUGUCAUUCCUCGAUGGUUUAUGGAUAUGCAUUUUACUCUGUUUCUAAGAGUUGCACCACGCUCUUUCUUCUUCGUAGAGAAAUUUCUGUAUUUGCUAGACAAUCCAGUUGAAGAAUCUGAUUUGGAGUCUGAAUUAGCUUUACCUGAACCUUGUAAUCUGAGGAAUGAAGGUGUAGUUGGGUUACAUCCAUCAGUGAGAGCCUCGAAGUUAACUGGAGGAAAUGCUCAAUAUAGAGGCAAUUUAGGUUCUCAUAGUUUCCAAAAGAGGAGAAGCUCAUUGAGAAGGAGAAGAGCAAGGAAUAUUUCACAUAAUGCACACAAGUCGUACAAUGGAACACCGGUUUUUGAUAUAUCAGGAAGUAGGAAAAACAGGACAGUAGCAGUAUCGCCGAGAAAGCUCAGAAGCUCAGUUCUAAGUAGCUCAUCUCCGGCUUCAAAUGUGCUUAGUAUCAUUCCGUUGGCGAAGACAAAAGAGGAGCUUGAUUCUUUAUGUUGUUCUGCGAAUAUAUUAAUGAUAUAUUCAGACAGAUGCUCCAGAGAAGAAGGGUUUAGUGUCAUGUUGGAAUUUUCUUCUUCAAAUGAGUGGUUUCUUGCAAUUAAGAAAGAUGGGGCAAUCAGAUACAGCCACAAGGCACAAAGGACUAUGAGACCAUGUUAUAGCAACCGGGUUACACAUGCAACAGUAUGGAUGGGAGGUGAUAAUUGGAAGCUUGAGUUUUGCGACAGACAAGAUUGGCUUGGUUUUAAAGAUAUAUAUAAAGAAUGCUAUGAACGGAAUGUAUUGGAACAGAGUGUGAAAGUUAUUCCUAUUCCUGGGGUAAGAGAAGUGUGUGGCUAUGCAGAGGAUAUAUAUGACUUCCCCUCAUUUUCUAGGCCGGUUCCAUAUAUAUCUGUGAACGAAGAUGAGGUUUCAAGGGCAAUGGCUCGAAGUAUUGCUCUUUAUGACAUGGAUUCUGAAGACGAAGAGUGGCUCGAAAGGCAGAACUGGGAACUGCUUGGUGAAGAAGAUGACCAAUUUCAACAACUUCAGCGGGAAACUUUUGAGUUGAUGAUUGAUGGGUUUGAAAAGUUUCAUUUCCAUAACCCUGCCGAUGAUCUCUUGGAUGAGAAAGCAACCACUGUAGCUAGUCUUUCAUACCUGGGUAGGCACGAGAUGGUUGAAGCAGUACAUGAUUACUGGUUGAAGAAAAGGAAGCAGCGAAAAGCACCACUCCUCAGAAUUUUCCAGGGUCAUCAAGUGAAGAAAACGCCGCUACUUUCCAAACCUGUGUUUCGGAAGAGAAGAUCCUUCAAAAGACAGGGGAGUCAACUCCAUGGAAAAGCCAAACAGGCAAGCCCUUGGCUCGUGGCUGUAAAGGCGGCUGAACCAGAGGAAGAAAACGAUUUUCUCAGAAUGGAAGAAGCCAAAACAUUGGCUGAUACAGCCAUGAAAGCUGCAAUAGCCAAAAGAAGACGAGCACAAAUUCUGGCAGAAAACGCAGAUUUGGCUGUUUACAAAGCGAUGAUGGCUCUCAGGAAUGCAGAAGUCAUUGAAGUAGCCGAAGAGGUCGAGGUCGACACAACCGUUUUCUUGAACUGAAAUGGUAAAGAUAGAAAACGUUAAUUGAUUGAAUCGGAAAGUUGGGUUCUUUUUGGCAUUUUUCAAAAGAGGAUUUGAAAAGAGGUAUAGUCUCUCUGUAGGUUUGGGUUUUAUAUGUAUAGUUCCUACGCUGAUAUUGUAAAUGAUUUAGAAAUUUUCUUUUGUUAGGGUUUUUUGUUCAUACUACUACCGUACGAUGAUGAUGCUCCAUUCUUACCUCUUUUUUUUUUCGUUUUUCUUCGGACCAAUAUAAUUUGAAGAAAUGUGAAAAAGUAAAAAAACAAAAGUUACAGGAGGUAUAUUGCAAUGUUCUAUGGUAGUUUUGUGUA